AUGAUAGCAUUGUUCUUUAUGUUUCUUAUAAAGGAAAAUCAACUGUAUUAUGAUCUAGCAACUGGAAUUUAUUACUACUGUGAUGUGGAAAGUGGCAGAUACCAGUUUCAUUCAUGAGUGGAUCUGCAGUCUUAUCAGGCCUCUGGUACUCAGCACACCAAGGAUAAAAAAGGGAAAAAGAAGAGAAGAGAGCCAGAGUGGAUGACUGCAAAUGAGUAUAAGGAUUUGGACACAGAAGAGCAGAAAUCAUCUAACAGUCUGAAUUGCUUUUCCACUACUGAGCAAGUAAGUUCUACUGAAGAAGAGGAGUCUUCAAAUGUAAGAAAGAUGACUAAAAUGGACACAAAAACACGAAACAGUCUAACAGCCAAAGAAUCAAUUUCUACAGACAAUAUAAAUUCACAUUCAUGCAAGAGUACACCAGAUACUGCAGCAUAUACAGACAGUAGACAAAGUGAGCCAGAAGAAGGUGAAAUUGCAGAUUGUGAAUGCAAAGCCUACAGCAGUGAGGACGAAGUAACAAGUGAAGAAGGUGCUGAUUCAGACUCGGAAAAUGAAGAUGAAGAAAAGAUCUGGCCUCCUUGUAUCAGAGUAAUUGUAAUAAGAUCACCAGUUCUACAGACUGGAUCACUUUAUAUUAUCACAGCUGUGAAACCUGCUACAAUUGGAAGAGAAAAAGAUGCUGGGCACACGCUUCAGAUUCCUGAAGUUGGAGUCAGUAAGUUCCAUGCAGAAGUAUAUUUUGACCAUGAUUUGCAAAAUUAUGUUCUUGUGGAUCAAGGCAGUCAGAAUGGAACAGUCGUUAAUGGAAAUCAGAUUCUCCGGCCUAAACCAAAAUGUGAUCCCUACGUCUUGGAGCAUGGAGAUGAAGUGAAGAUUGGUGAAACUGUACUUUCUUUUCAUAUACAUCCUGGCAGUGAUACUUAUGAUGGAUGUGAACCACGACAAGUAAGAGCACAUCUUCGCCUGGAUAGGAAAAAGGAAACUUCUGUUUGCCCAGCACUUAGCAAAGAAGAGAGAGAGUUAGUCAGAAGAAAAGCAUUAAAACAAAUACGAGUAUAAUAUGGUUUACAGAACGCAGAGUAUGAAGACAACAAAGCAGUGAAGAAUCCAAAGUACAGAGAUAGAGCAGGAAAGCACAGAGACACCAUUGGAAGUGAAGGAACCUUCCAGAGAGAUGUUACUCCAGCUUCUGUCUAUAUUGAAAUCAGCAACAGCAACAAAGGACAUAAAAUGUUGGAGAAGAUGGGAUGGAAAAAAGGGGAAGGCCUGGGCAAGGAUGGUGGUGGUGAGAAGGAUCCGAUCCACCUUCAGUUACAUAAGAUGCAUGCAGGUUUGGGUACAAGUAGACCAGCCUCAAUUGAAGAUGUUCAGAUCAUCCAGAGCAAGAAUAAAAAGAACUGGGAUAAAGCAAGAGAAAGGUUUGCUGAAAACUUCCAGGAACCUAAAUCACAAAAGGAUACACCUAAGAUUACGCCUUGGGUUAGAGGGACUGUAGAGUAAAGUAUCUGGUCCCACAGCAGGGUAAUUCUUGUGUAUAAACAGUUGGGAGAGAAUUUAUUUUUAUUCUUUUUUCUUUUGCUAAAGCACAAGUUUGGUGAUAUGUAAAAUACAGUUGUGGAAAAAAUUAUGCAAGAUUAACUCUAUUAUGUUAAUUGGUUUUCUGUAGUCUUCAUGCUUUUAUUAAAACACAUUUUUAAUAAGAAAUGAAUGGAAUUUAGAGGGAUAUUCAAAUUUAAGUACUUGAAAGUGAUUCUCAUCACGAGCAGGAACUUUCUUCAGUUGUGCUUUUUUAACACAAUACUUCAUGGAAAGUCAAACAAAACAUCUUUUAAAUAUGAUACCUUUACCUUUUGAACAGUGGUUUAAAAGCAAGUGGAAACAAACAAAAAAGAAAAAGAAAAUCCCCCAAACCCUACUAACAGAGUAUCGUAUUGCCUUUUCCUCUGCUGUAUGUUUAUUCACGAUUGCCAUGAAAUGCUCAGCAAGAGGUACACCACUCUUAAAUUCAUACAGUUCAGUACUAGUCACAUAGCUUACCUUAAGAGGAAAAAAAAACUUGUUUUUAAAUGAUCCAUCAGUACUGUUUAAAUACUGUAUUCCAUGAAAUAAACUACCAGCAUUGGUGAAGAAAACAAUGUUCAGAGGACAGCUUGUACCAAAAUUUUCUUCCGUGAAGAACUUGCUCGAGACUUGUUUAGUAAAUUUGUAUUGUGCCUUUAAAAGAGGCAGUAUGUUUAGAAAACUGCUAUCUGUGUGUAUUAUUUAUUAACUUCUUCUGAUACAUCCCUUGCUGGCAAUGGAGUUUAUGCCAGGGAAAAAAAAAAAAACAACCACCAACCAAAUAGAUUUUUGGUGGGAAAGGAUCGCCAAACUGAAGCUAAAAGAUUGGUAUUUAUUGAA